ACCGGGCCCCUCAGCGCUACGACUCUUCUUCCUCAUCUCCCUGCCAUCUGCCUUCCAGCUGUCCCAGCAGCAUGGCCUUCAACGGCAAGUAUGAGAUCGAGAGUGAGAAAAAUUAUGACGAGUUCAUGAAACGCCUUGGGCUCCCCAGCGAUGUUAUCGAAAAGGGCAGAAACUUCAAGAUUGUCACGGAGGUGCAGCAGGACGGGCAGAAUUUCAUUUGGUCCCAGCACUACCCGAGCGGCCACUCCAUGACCAACAAGUUCACCAUCGGCAAGGAAUGUGACAUGGAGACCGUAGGCGGCAAGAAGUUCAAGGCCACCGUGCAGAUGGAGGGGGGAAAGAUAGUGGCGGAUUUCCCCAACUAUCACCACACCUCGGAGAUCGUGGGUGACAAGCUGGUGGAGAUCUCCACCAUCGGAGGUGUGACCUACGAGCGUGUGAGCAAGAGGCUGGCCUGAGCAAGCAGCCGGGGCUCCCAGGGGGCUAUGAAGCCACCAGUAAAAGCUGGGAUAAGAACAGACAUUCUGUUUGCUGCAA